CACAACCCUAUAGAGAGAGGGGCAUACAAAGCCUGCGUUUGAUCGCAGCCCAACCCUAUCGAGUAUCGAGAAAACGCUUCUUCACUUCACAGGGAGCUUCCUCUCUGCUUUGUCUUGUUCAAAAUUCAAAAGCUCUAAUUUCUCACCUCUGAUUUGUUUCUCUUUCGUUUUUCCUGUACCAUAGUUAUUGUCAAUUUGAAUUCGAAUUGGGUUCUGGGUUUUGCCCUAACAGCCAUGCACAACGCAGCAAUUGCGGUAUGAAAUUCGCGAUAAAUUUUUGAUUUUUGUCGAGAGGAGGAAUGGCGGCGGAAGCGGAGAGAGAGGAGGUUGAAGCAGUGGAAGUGGUUGAAGCAGAGAGAGAGGAGGUCGGAGGUGUGGCAGAGGAGGUACAAGUGGACAGAGAGGAGGAGGAGGAGGUCAAAUUGGAGGGAGAGGGAGUCGAAUUGGAGAAAGCGGAGGUCGAAUUAGAGAGAGAAGAGAUCAGAGAGGAGGAAGAGAAGGCUGAAGAGCAGGGACGUGUGACGGACAUGGUGGAUGAGACCAUUGAGACUGAGGGUAGGGCUGAGGCCGAGGCGGUGGAGGGGGGACAUGUGUCGGAUUUGAAUUUGAAGGACACGGUUGAUCAGACCUUGGAGACUAGUGAUGGGGCGGAUGUGGAGGACACGCUUGAGACUACUGAUGCGGUGGAGGAGGGGAAGGGGAAUGAAGCAGAGGUGCAUGAGGUAAAUGCGACCGACAUGGGUGAUGAGACUAAUGGGACUGAAGCUGUGGAGGAGGGGAAGGAAGGUGUUGUGACUGACAUGGUUGAUGAGACUAUUGAGAGUGAGGCCAUGGAGGAGGAGGGAAACGGAUGUGCAGCAGAGGGACAUGAGGCUAAUGUGACUGUGACAGAGAGUGAUGAGAUCAUUGAGACUACUGAGGCUGUGGAGGAGGGAAAACUGUCUGAAGCAGAGGGAGAUGAGGCAAAUGUGAAGGACAUGGUUCAUGAGUCCAUUGAGACUGAAGCAGCUGGGGAGGAGGGACAAAAGGCUGAAGUAGAGGGACAGGAGGCUGAUGCAGCUAUUGAGGCUGAGGAGGCUGUGGAGGUGGGACAAGAGGCGGAGGCAGAGGGAGAUGAGAAGAAUUUGAAUGUGAAAGACAUGGUUGAUGGCGCCGUUGAGACUCAGGUGUCGAGGGAAGAGGAACAAGAGGCGGAAGUAGAGGAACAUGAGGCUAAUACAACCAUUGAGGAUGAGGAGGUGGGACAAGAGGCGGCAGCUGAGGGCGGUGAGCGGAAUUUGAAUGUGAAAGACAUGGUUGAUGAUACCAUUGAGACUCAGGUGUCUGGGGAGGUGGGACAAGAGGCGGAAGCAGAGGGAGGUGAGCAGAAUUUGAAUGUGAAAGACAUGGUUGAUGAUACCAUUCAGACUCAGGUGUCCGGGGAGGAGGAACAAGAGGCUGAAGUAGAAGGACAUGAGUUGACUGCUACUGCGACCAACAUGGUUGAUGAGGCUGAUGAGGCCGUUGUGACUACUGAGGCGGUUGAGGCAGAUGUGAGUGACGAUGUAAUGGAGGAGACCACAGAGGCAGAGGAGACUGAGGCAGCAGAAGGAGCAGAAGAAAUGGAGGCAGACGAGAUGGAGGCAGCAGAGGAGGAAGAGGCGGAAGAAAUGGAGAUGGUAGAAGAUACUAAUACCUCUGGCGUUGGUGGAAAGAGGAAGCGCCGGAAAAAUUCUAAGGCGGCGGCCUCUGAAAAGGUCCUCUCAAAGAAGAAGGAAGAGGAUGUCUGCUUCAUUUGCUUUGGGGGUGAGCUCGUGCUUUGUGACCGGAGGGGAUGUCCCAAGGCAUAUCAUCCUUCGUGUGUUAAUCGUGACGAGGCAUUCUUUCGGGCCAAGGGUCGAUGGAAUUGUGGUUGGCACCUUUGUAGCAACUGUGAGAAGAAUGCCCACUACAUGUGUUAUACAUGCACCUUUUCCCUCUGCAAGGCGUGUACCAAAGAUGCUGUUAUCUUAUGCAUUAAAGGAAACAAAGGCUUUUGUGAGACAUGCAUGAAAACUGUUAUGUUGAUUGAAAAGAACGAACAUGGAAACAAGGAGAAGGAUGCAGUAGAUUUUGAUGAUAAAAGCAGCUGGGAGUACCUCUUCAAGGAUUAUUGGACAGACUUAAAGGAGAGGUUAUCUCUAACGCUUGAUGAUCUUUCACAGGCCAAGAAUCCAUGGAAAGGAUCAGCUGGGCAUGCUAAUAAACAUGGGUCACAUGAUGAACCUUAUGAUGCUAAUAUUGAUGGAGGGUCUGAUUCCGAUAAUUCUGAGAAUUUGGAUUCAACUAACUCUAAAAGAAGAAAGGGUAAAAAACGGUUGAAGACCCGUGCAAAGGGAAAAAACUCAUCAAGUCCAGCAACUGGUUCCGGAGGCCGAUAUGCAGAUGACAAUACAGAAUGGGCAUCAAAAGAACUCUUGGAGUUUGUUAUGCAUAUGAGAAAUGGGGACAGUUCUGCUUUAUCUCAGUUUGAUGUUCAGGCUCUCCUGCUAGAAUAUAUAAAAAGGAACAAACUUCGUGACCCUCGCCGGAAAAGUCAGAUAAUUUGUGAUUUAAGGCUUCAAAGUUUAUUUGGGAAACCACGUGUUGGGCAUUUUGAAAUGUUAAAGCUUCUUGAAUCUCACUUUUUUAUGAAAGAGGAUUCUCAGGUUGAUGAUCAUCAGGGAAGUGUCGUUGAUACUGAAGGUAAUCAGUUGGAGGCUGAUGGGCAUUCUGAUACUCCGGCAAAAGCCAGUAAGGACAAGAAACGCAAACGUAAAAAGAAUGAACCUCAAUCUAAUGUCGAGGAUUUUGCAGCGAUUGAUAUUCACAACAUUAAUUUAAUUUACUUAAGACGUAAUUUGGUGGAAGAUCUACUUGAAGAUACAGAUAACUUUCAGGAAAAGGUUGCUGGUUCUUUUGUCAGAAUUAGAAUUUCUGGUAGUGGUCAAAAGCAAGAUUUGUAUAGGCUGGUCCAAGUUAUAGGUACAUGCAAAGCUGCUGAGCCAUAUAAAGUUGGUAAAAGGAUGACAGACAUCUUACUAGAGAUUUUAAACUUAAACAAGACAGAGAUCGUUACAAUUGAUAUCAUCUCAAACCAAGAGUUUACUGAGGAUGAAUGCAAACGACUGCGACAGAGCAUAAAAUGUGGACUUAUCAACCGGCUAACUGUGGGUGAUGUUCAAGAGAAAGCAGUGGUACUGCAACCGGUCAGAGUCAAAGAUUGGUUGGAAACGGAAACAGUGCGACUUCAACACCUUCGUGAUCGAGCUAGUGAAAAAGGCCGUAGGAAAGAGCUUAGAGAAUGUGUAGAGAAGUUGCAGCUUUUGAAGACCCCUGAGGAACGCCAGCGUAGACUGGAGGAAACUCUAGAAAUACAUGCUGAUCCAAAUAUGGAUCCAAGUUAUGAGUCUGAGGAAGAUGAAGAUGAAGGAGGUGAUAAGAGAGAAGAAAGUUACACUAGGCCAACAGGGUCUGGCUUUGGCAGGAAGGGGAGGGAGCCAAUUUCUCCACGAAGAGGUGGAUCUUCUUUGAAUGAUUCCUGGAGUGGGACUAGGAACUUUUCCAAUAUGAAUCGUGACUUCGGCAGAAGCAUGUCUGGUAAAGGAAUCUUCAACAAAGCAGAGAAUACAACUGGCGCUGGUGAGAUAGUGAAUGAUGCAUGGGGUCAAGGAAGAGAGACACCGCAAACAAACUACUGGGAGAACAAACAAAAUAUAUCAAGUCUAGAAACAGGUAGUAGGAGUACACAGUCUGUGGUACCAUCUGAAGCCUCUCCUGCUCGUGCACCAGAAAAUAGAGCGGCACCUAUUUCCACAGGAGUGGCACAAUCUGUGGCCAAUAUCAAUGAAACUGAAAAAAUAUGGCAUUAUCAGGAUCCAUCUGGGAAAGUCCAGGGACCGUUUUCCAUGAUACAGCUGCGUAAAUGGAAUAACACUGGCUAUUUUCCUCCCAACUUGAGAGUGUGGAAAAACACCGAUAAACAAGAAGAUUCUAUAUUGGUAACUGAUGCGUUGGUGGGAAAGUUCCAGAAAGAUCCUUCAAUUGCAAAGGCUCAAAUGGUGCAUGAUUCACAUCUGACGCCUGCAAGUUCUGGGAAAGCUCAAGGAGCUCAAUUACAGCAGAGUUUAGAAAGCCAAUCUGGAGGAGGCAGCUGGGGAGCUCAUAAUGAAAUUAUAUCUUCCACAGGCAGGGGUACUCCAUCAUCAGUUGAGGUUCCCAAGUAUACCUCAGAUGGGUGGGGUACAACAAACUUUCCUUCGCCUACUCCAUCUCAAACUCCCAUUAGUGGGGCAAAGAGGCAAGCGUAUGAGAAUAAUUGGCCACCCAGUCCAGGAGGCAAUGGAGUGAUGCAAUCUCAUGCGGUACUUACUCCAGAGACUGCCAUGCGAGUUUCUGGAAAUGAUCCAUCAACUUCUCUAACUGGUAUGACUGCAGCACCCAAUGCUCUUCAAAUGCAUGGUCAAGUAACAGUAUCGGGACCGGUAUUGGCCAAUGCCUCGGUGAAACCAUUACCUGAUGUGCAAAACAUUGUUUCAAAUCUGCAAAAUCUGGUUCAGUCGGUGACUAAUCGUACCACUGCUAAUGAUACUCGAGCAUGGGGUUCUGGUACAGUACCCGGAAGUGAAUCUCAACCCUGGGGAGGUGCUCCAUCCCAAAAGAUAGAACCAAAUAAUGCUACGAAUGUCCCUGCCCAACAUCCGUCCCAUGGUUACUGGCCUCCUACUAACAAUGGUACCUCAUCUAUUAAUACAGGAAAUUCAGCUGGAAAUUUCCCUGCACAAGGCUUCUCGGGUGUUCCAAACUCUGAUGCUUGGAGACCUCCAGUUCCUAGUAAUCAAUCAUACAUUCAGCCUCCAGCACAACCUCAGGUACCUUGGGGCUCGAGUGUUUCUGAUAACCAAAGUACUGUGCCAAGAAUGGGACAGGAGAGUCAAAAUUCUGGAUGGGUGCCAGUGGCGGGUAAUCCAAACGUGGCUUGGGGAGGACCAGUACCAGGAAAUUCAAACAUGAAUUGGGCUGCUCCUAGUCAGAGUCCAGGAUGGUCUGCAUCUGGUCAAGUUCCAGUACGUGGAAAUGCAGUUCCCAGUUGGGCUCCUCCGCCUGGUCAAGGACCGCCAUCUGUAAGUGCUAAUCCUGGUUGGGCUCCACCUGGUCAAGGGCCGGCACUUGGGAAUGCAAUUUCUGGUUGGUCUGCUCCCACUGCAAAUCAAACUCAGAACGGAGAUAGGUUCUCAAAUCAAAGGGAUCGCGGUUCUCAUGGUGGAGAUUCUGGUUUUGGUGGGGGAAAGCCUUGGAAUAGGCAGCCGUCAUUUGGUAGCGGAGGGGGAGGAGGUUCUUCGAGGCCUCCCUUCAAAGGGAGAGUGUGCAGGUACUUCGAGAGUGGGCACUGCAAAAAGGGAUCAUCUUGUGAUUAUCUCCACCCUGACCACUAAAAAUUUUGGAACUCAAUAGCAGCGGAGCAGUAAUACUGUACAGUAAUAUCUCCCUUGGAAGAAUUUUUUAUUUUGUAUAAGCCUCUUCAAUCUAUUAUAAUGGCAGCAGUUUAGUGUUUUGCUUAAUUUUUUUCUUCUUUUAGCAAGUAGAAUCCUUAUUUAUGAUAGAAAGUGUAGUUUUGGUAGUUCAGUAGAUGGUGGUUGGGGUCAUCUUAAUACUAACUAAUUUCAUCCGUGUCUUUUAUGUUGA